GUUGUGUGUGUGUGUGUGUGUUCGUGUUCAUAUGAAAUGUGUAUGUGUCGCAGAUCAGCCGGUUAAUCCUCCCCCUCUCUUCCCCCACAUGAAGAAAGAAAGCGAGUCGGCCUCCCUCCUCUUUGUCUCUCUCUCUCUUUCACGCAGCUGCAGUCUUUGUCUAAGUCGCUCGACCCUCCCUCCUCCCUCUCUCCCUCUCUGCCUCCUCAGACAAUGAGCCUUCUGCUGCCACAGGCUCCGCCCCCAUCACACACAAACACACACACAAGGAAAGAGACACAAACUGACAGCAAGAAAGGUGUGUAUAAUCUGAUUCUGGAUCAGCUGCCAUAAAACAUUUCAGUAAAGUGUUCUUCAGUAAAGCACAGAGGAUGCAGUAUUUAUACUGUAUAUACUUUAUAGUGUGAGUGCGGCAGACUAUAAUACAAUAGUCCAAUCUGAGUUCAGUACUAAUAAUAUGAGACCAAACAGCUCAGGACAAAAGAGAUCAAAUGAAUCAAUGAGGUUUAAAGUUUUUAUUUUCUGAGGACUGAUCCAGAGUCAGUCAGACAGAAGAACCAUCAGUUUGUUGCUGACACCUAAAGGCUCGCAGCUAAACGCAGAGGACGUCGGAAAGAUGUGAACCAAACCUCCUCUCAGUUCCUUCUGUCUGGUCCUCCUCCAGCCUACAACAACACAUCCUUGUCCAGAGAGGUGCAUUGUGGCACCUCCCCAGCUCUGACCUGUUUCAGGACCGUGGACAGAGUCUGAGCAGGAGCCCCUCCCCCUCUGAUUCAGACCACCAGGCUGCGUCACACACAGACGGAGAGACAGGUAGAGAGAGAAAGAAACAAGUAGAGGCACACUGAAGCAGACAGACAGGCUAUAGGACAGUGAUGGAGCUGCCGACAGAUUUUCGAUGACUUGUUAUCUUUAAGGUUUUAAGGGUCGGACCGGACAGACAGACAGGCAGACAAGCUCCUCCGGUACUGCAGAGAGGCUCGUCCCGGGCGGUCCCGGUUGUCGUCAUGGGAACGAUGAUGUCUCUGUCUCCGGGCUCGCGGAAGUCUGCGGCUCGUGGAGGGCCGGAGAAGCCCGCGGAGGUCGCGGUGCAGAAGCCUCUGGAGCCGCGAGAGGAGGAAGAGGAGGAGAAGAAGGACGGGAAGAAGAAGAACAAGAAGAAGCGGCAUCCGGUGCUGCUGCAGGCGCUCAGCUGGAAAAAACGCCUCGUAGCUGCACAAGCCAAGAGGAAGGGCGGGAAGAAGGUGAAGCCUGCGGUGUCCGAGCCCGGGCAGGUACAGCGGGAGCAGGUGACCACAGACACCCGCCACAGAGCGCCGAAGGCCGCACACAGACACGGACCUAUCGCGGUACCUGUGCCCACAGUGCCAGAGCAAAGCCAAAACCAGGGCCGACCGGACGUGGUCCUCUCACCGCGGAGGGUGGUGGUGCAGGCAUCCACAGGUGAGCUUCUCCGUUGUCUCUCUGACUUUCUGUGCCGUCGUUGUGUCAAACUGAAGGAUCUGUCGUCCAAUCAGAUCGUUGUGUGGUUCAGGAACGUCGACAGAGCACUGUUGGUUCAGGGUUGGCAGGACCAGUGCUUCAUCAGUCCUGCCAGUCUCGUCUUUGUGUACCUGCUGUGCAGAGAGGCUGUGGAUGAGGACACAUCUUCUGAGCAGGAGCUCCAUGCCACCUUCCUCACCUGUCUCUACCUGGGUUACUCCUACUUGGGCAAUGAGAUCUCGUAUCCCCUCAAACCGUUUCUGGUGGAGCCCAGUCGUGAUGCAUUCUGGGAACGAGCGCUGGAACUGAUCAACCGGUUGAGUGCUGACAUGCUGCGAAUCAAUGUCGACCCUCACUUCUUCACUGAGCUCUUUCAGGACUUGAAGAACCAGGGUGUAGUGAGGGAGCAGGAGACAGGGAGGAAGAAGGAGCAGCAGGAGAAAGGAAAGGAAAAUGAGGAUGAGGACAGAGAAAAGAUUAAGCAGAAGGAAGAGAAGGAGCAGGAGAAGGAAAACAAUGGAGGAAACCGAGUUGAGGAUCUGGAUCGUUAAGAGCAGAAACCUCGGUGUUUGUAACUGAGGCUCUGCCAGCAGCCAUCGACUUGCUGAGGUCUGAAUGUAAACCGGCAGACCUUUGAACUCCUGUCCAAGACGGACUGAAAUGUGAAAACUAGCUCACUUUAACUGCAUGCUGUCAAACAAAAUCAGCAGUAUCUUCUGAUUGUACCAUUGUUACCAUGGCAACCUCACACAUAAUGUCCAGCCUUAUUAAGUUUAGUAGCAGAGGAAAGCUUCAUGUGUUAUUCAGUUUUAGCUGGUAGUCAUUGUGGUCGUGGUGCCCACGCUGCCAUACUGUUAAGUGUUACAGAAAAGGAUUUGUUAAAUCCCAGUACACAGUAUUUGAAUGCAGUAUGGCUAACAUACCAGGACCAUCCUACUGCGUCUGGCUGCAUUUUGCAGUAUGAAAGUCAGCAUGUUUUUCUGACGCUCAACCUCUCACACAGUGGAAGAUUCACGACACUGACUGAGUCUUCCAGAGAGAACACAGACUCCUCAGCCAUGUUCCUGAUGACAUACUUUGUGUUUUUACUUCAUGUCUUCAUAUGCAAAGUGCAUGCAAUGGUGUACAGUCUGCAGAGGAAGCUGCUGUAUGUACUUAAAGUAAAAAAGGAAAAGCAGGUGGUUUAGAAUGCAGCUGAGAUCUGGCUAUUAUGACUCAUGCAUUCUGGGAAAUGUACUUGCACUCCCUGACUGGUUGUGGUCAAAUAGUCUUUUUUUCUGCAGAAAGGUUUCUGACUGAGUGAAGUGACCCUGAAGUACUGACGUAGCAGCUGUCCUACGAGCUGUUCGAGCUCUCUAAAGGCAAACGAAAGGUGCUUCGGGUCUUCCUUGCUUGUCUCCUUUAACCUAUGAUUCAUUGUUCAUGACAUUUAAAUUGUGACACCAUUUUACUGUUUAUAAAAACAAAACAUCAUCUUGUGACAUUGACAGCCUGUUUCAUUACAGGGUUACAGGUGAACUCCAAGUCAUUUUCUGUGUAGGUCAAGGAAAAGGCUGUUGUUUGUUCACUGACCGCAGCCACAGAUUGAUCAUAAAAUCAGGGCAGCCGUGAUCAGCUGAUCACCAGGUGACCUGCUGAUCAGCUGUUUUCUGUUUCUUGUAUUUUUGUUUGAAUGCUGAAUGUAUAACCAAUCAGUGAGCUGAAAUGUGCCAGUGUUUUUAUAUGGAAGUCAGAAUGCUGACAUAAACACUUCAGUGUUUA